AACAAUAACCCGAUUACCCGUUCCCGUUAUCCUCACAUUACGUCCCUAAAACACCUAUCAUAAGGGACCUAGCCUAAGGAUCAACAUCGGGAUGGACACUACUUCCAAGGGGUUUCCUAAGCAAUAAAUGUCCUAAAGGAAACCAUGAGGGGGAUGGAGUACACCGGUGAACACAUCGUUCACAAACACCUACAUGUUGAGCAGUUGAGCAGUUGUAGAAAAUCUAGUGGACAAGAUGACAAAGGAACAGUUAGAACUCAAGAAUGAUAAUGACAAUACGGCAUUUUGUUUAGCAGCAGCCGGUGGAAAUGUCAAAACUGUUAUGACUAUGUUGCAAAAGAACGGGACCCUUGGGGAUAUCCCAGGCAGUAAUGGAAUGAUGCCACUCUAUAUGGCAUCUUUAUUUGGAAAACAUGAAAUGGUGAAUUAUCUUUAUAAUAAAUCUAGGGAGAUGCAUGGAGAUUGUUGGACAGAUAAGAAUCGCAGUUGGGUUCUACAGAAAUGCGUGGAAGCUGAUCAAUAUGAUAUUGCAUUGAAAAUAGUGUCCCGAUGGCCAUUGCUAGCAAAAAGUGGGAUUUUACUUGGAGUUUUGGCUCGAAAACCUGACGCAUUUAAGGGGAUAAAACCGCAUUUUAUCUGGCGAAUCAUAUGUCCAAUUUUGGCGUUGAUUCAUGUGAAGGUUGGGCCUUCUGAAAAAGCAACUGAUGCCAUGGAAUUACUAAAAAUUAUUUGGUCAGAAAUUGUGAAAUUAUCCAAGGAUGAAAUCAGUGGUAUUAUCAGAGGGCCAGCUGACCUACCAACAAAUAGUGGAAAGGAAAAGGAAGAUGUCGAGCAACUUCUUGGGUCCAUCUUGGAAAAUGUUGCGAAGAUGCCCACAAGAAUUCAUAACCUAUGGAGUAGAAGGCAAGGUGAUCAAGAAGUAAAAGGUGUAAAUCAAACAUUCUCUUCACGUGUACUAUUUGUCGCUGCAGAGAUGGGAAACACUGAAUUUCUAGUGGAGCUCAUUCGGCAAUAUCCAGAUUUAAUAUGGAAGACAAAUGACAACGAGCAAACUAUAUUUCAUGUUGCUAUCUCACAUCGUCAUGAGGGUAUCUACAAUCUUCUACAUGAGAUUGGCUCGAUGAAAGAUAUGAUAACACCUAUGAAGGAUCGGAAAGGAAAUAAUAUGUUACAUUUAGUUGGGAAGUGUGCGAAGAAAAAGAGACUUCAAGUAAUUUCAGGGGUUGCUUUGCAAAUGCAACGAGAGUUGUUGUGGUUCAAGGAAGUAGAAGGUAUGAUUCCUCCUUCAUAUCGAGAAAGGAAGAACAAUGAUGGUUUAACACCACAUGAACUAGUCAGCAAGGAGCACAAAGACCUACUUGCUUCAGGUGAAAAGUAG